CCCCUUCAGCCACCAGCCGUCACUCCCAUCACACGAUAGAUAAUCCGUGCAGCGGCUGCAUGCCGCACCAACACAGCAACAGUUGAGCCACAAACCGACCCCCCAAUGCGCAACACACGACAGCCACACUCACCCCCCACUCGCCCCCUUUCUUCUCGGCUGACCCUUUCUUGGCCGUCACCACGAGCGUGUUGAGAGCGAUGGUGUUAGCCAAGGCCACGAAGCCCUGCAGCGGCACCGCCAUGUGGGCCAGAUGGCGCCCAUCGCCCCACACCAUCAGUAGCAGCACCCCCAGCUUCCCAUGCAUCGACAGCAGUGCCGCCGACAGCACGCUCAGGGCACUCGGAGUCUGUGACGGCAGCAGCCGCCUCGUCAGGACGCACAACAGCCACAGAUAAACCGCCAACUCUCCCGCCGCGCUGACCAGCAUUCGCCACUCGGCGUGAUGAAUGUUGCUGACGCAGCGGUGGUAUGUUGUGGCAGAUACGAGGCCGAAACGCGACGAUAACCAGCCGACCCACCCGUGGGAAUGAUCGUCGCACGAGCCACUGCGCGUGAGGGCCCACAUGACGUAGGUGUCGAAGAAGAGCACCGCGAUGGCCACCUUGAGCAGAAGUCGCACAAGAGGCCCCGCCCAACCGUCAUGCCGCUGCCCCUGCUGUUGGCUUGCGGGAAGGCGGUUGAAUAGCACGUGCCGAUAGGCAGCCUGCACACAUGGCAGGUACAUAUGCAUCCAUUUGAUUGUGUCACUCAUACGCACCCACCUGACCUGUCUGUGCAGAAGAAUGUCGAUGCAGACGAGGAGCGUCUGGUACUCGACGUAUCGGUCGGCCGGCGCACCGCACUCGUCGCAGCGCUGCAGAGAGAUGUUGCCCCUGCUGUACACGCGAUAGAUGAGAGCAACUGGGGCGCCACACUCCACACAGACGUACGCCAUCCCCCUCAGCUGGCUGCAAUUCGCAGAUCCAUGAUAAACGGCAGGUGUCGGAGCCCCGGGAGCAUACAAAGCAC